GGGCCUUUUUAAAAGUGCAUUCAUAAUUUACAGUGUAGCUUUCACAUUGUUUACAAAAUCGUAUCAGAGCGUUUCGGCGUACAAUUGUAUAUUCCACACUGGCCAACAGGUUUAUGAACAUCAUGAGAAGAAUAACAAAUCCGGCCGGCGAAAGGAACAAGGAUCCCAUUCUGGAUGUUUUGAGGCGAGUAUUGUCGAAAACGGAGCCAAACCUUCGCCUGUUGGAAAUUUCUUCCGGAGUUGGGCUGCACGCAGCUUACUUUGCCAAGGAAUUUCCCAACAUAACAUUUCAACCAUCGGAAUACGAUACCACUCUGUUCGGCAGCAUUGAUGCCUACCGGCAAGAUGUAAAGAACGUUGAACCUCCCAUCUUCAUCGACAUUUCCAAACCGUGCACGGAUUGGCAGAAUGAGGCGAACAUCAACCAUACUUCCGGUGCCAACCGGUUCGAUUAUAUGCUCAAUAUAAACAUGCUGCACAUUUCACCGAUCGCCUGUGCCCACGGAUUGUUUGACAAUGCAGCUCAGUUGUUGAAACGUGGAGGACUGCUGAUAACAUACGGACCGUACGCCGUGGACGGCACUCUCACUCCGGAGAGUAACGUACGUUUCAAUGAAUCAUUGCAGCAUCGUAACCCCGAGUGGGGUAUACGCGACACGAAAGAGCUGAGCACGUUGGCCGCAUCGAAAGGUAUUACGCUGCAAGAGAUGAUUGAACUACCUGCAAACAACAAAUGUUUGAUUUGGAAAAAAGAUGCAAAUCAUGCCUAAAGAGGUGUGACUUCCCGCUAAAUGUUCAACAAACACUGGCAGAACGAAAAUAUAACUUAUUGUACUGAAACCCA